UUCAACGCUGGUUGCAGAACGUUAAAAGCAUCAGACUGGGAGCAUAUUGAGCUAUGGCGCAGGAAAGAAUUCACUUGGUUGACGCCUCAUGACAUGGACACCACUUUAGCUGUAUCCUGCUGUCCAUACGACAGGCUAAAGCAAUAUCUGAUCACUGGCCUAUUGAAAUGAAACUGAGAGGAAGAGUUUCAGAUCUGAUCAACAUUUUGAAACAGAAAACAACUUUCGACUUCAGCAUAUAUAUUACCGAUAGUGAAGUUGAGCUGUAUACCAUCAGUUCUUUAAAUAAAAAAGAUAUAAUUCAGAGCCUUAAAAAAUUUGCAGAAAGAUAUCCCCAGCUUGUUUCUCAUGAAUUAGUUGAAGCACUCGAAUACAAAGUAGAAAAAGGUGCUUUAAGAGACGAAACUGCGAAUGCCGAUUUAAAACGUUCUCGUUAUGAUAUUGUGAUUUAUUUCGACAGAGAAGAGAAAAAUACAACUUUUCAUUGCUGUGUUUCUACUACGCUGAACUAAAAUGAACAUAAUUUACUUCCAGUUUGAUCACUUUUAAUACAGACUUUUUUUUCGUUUGCAUUUAUGGUAAAAAUUUACUUCCA